GGGAAAGACGAACUCACCUCCUGGUGGAGAGAGAAUCCAACGUGGAGAAAGAGGAAGUCGGGCCGCGAGCGCGGGACGAGGAGAACGAGAGUGGCGAGAGAGAGAAAGAGCCGGACCCGGUGUGAGGAGAGGGAAAACCACGGGGGCUUUUGAAAAAGUUUUAUCUUGUCGGUACGCUCGGCCUCUCAGACGCUACCGAACGCCGGUACGGUGUUGUUGGCCACGGCGUGGUCGCGGCCUCCUCGCCGACGUGUUGCUGGCAAAAAGAGCGAACGAAGAGAGAAAGAGAGAAAAAGAGGGAAAGAGAGAGAGAGAGAGAAAGAUAGAAAAUCCCGGUCGUGCGCCCGCGAUUUCCGGUCCCGGUCGGUCCUCCCGAUCGUCGUCAACUUCCGUCCAUCUCGUCCGCCCGCGCGCCCGCGGACGUUCGCGCGAGAGAAGCUGCGAGGAGGACCGCCGAAGAGGAGGCUCUCGACAAGCGUUAUCCGCAGGACAAGAGGGCAAAUUCCUCCCGCGUGUCCUUGGAGGAAUUAUUUUUCCUUCGUCCGUCUCGCCAUGUACCGUCGCUGAGGUGUCCCGCAGUGCCAAGAGAAAGAACGAACGAGAGAGGGAGAGAGAAGAAAAAAGAGGGACGGACGACGAUAGGUAGGAAGAGAGAGAAAGAGGUCAGUCAGGAAGAGGGCGAAGAGGUCGAGAAGUGAUUCCUUGCCGGUCGCGACAGACGGCCAGCGGCGAGAUGAAGAACCGUGUGUUGCUAAAGAGUGCGUUGCUCCUGUUGCUGAUCGCGGCGGAUGGUUUGGUGACAGCAUCCGAGGAUGACGACUUGAUUUUCGAUCCGGAGGGCAAACAAACCGCGGCUCAAGCACCAUUGAUCGAAACGCAUCAGGACCAUUCUCUCUUUCACAGGAUAAAGAGAGGGGUGUGGGACUUUUUUACCUCGUCAUCCACGACCACGACCACGCAGGCGCCGCCAGGCCAAAAAGAAGAGGAUGAAGAUCAAAAUCAAGAUAUUGACAAAUCCGUCAUCUUGAACGUUGGGGUUGAAGGAAAUCAUACUCUUGAUCAGCCUGAAACGCCAAAUGCCAAAACGGGUAUUGGUGGCAUCGAAAGAUUAAUCCUCGAGAAGAACGAGGAUAAUGACGAAGCAGACGACGAGCACGAAAAUGAGAUUAGUAACGCCGCAGAAAGUCAAAGAAUACCAAUAACGUACGGAAAUUCCGAUGACGAAGAUUUGGCUGGUUCAGGAGAGAUCGAAGGCAGCGCAGGCGAAGUGGAUUAUCAUCCAAACGCAGGAAACCAACAUCGCAGUACAGACGGCAAAGCACGAUUCUAUCGAAUAACGUUGACGGUUGGCGAACCCUACAGGCGAGAAUACGCUGACAGAAACAGUCCUGAGUACCGAGAAUUGAGCGGCAAUCUCACAGAAGCCGUCGAAAAUUUGUACAAUCGUCACAUUCCAGGAUACAAUCAUUUCGCCAGCGUCGUCAAGAUAUCGCCAACAGCCGACGCUUUUACGUCGCAAGUUACCCUAGACAUUGGUUCGACAUUCACGGACGAGGUUGAGGUGCGUGCCAUCCUAGAGCAACAGCUGCAGUUUCAUUCCUUGGGCAGCAUCCAAGUAGGUCCGGAGGGAUUUACGUUCAGGAUAUUCCAAGCCGGAGAAAAGGACACUCAGCCGGAAUGUGAUCAAACGGCCGAAUUAAGGUGCAGAAGCGGCGAAUGUGUGCCUCUAGAAUAUCGCUGUGAUGGCGUAUUGCAAUGCAAUGAUGGUUCCGACGAGGACAAUUGUCCGACAGAUUCGAAUAGGACACGAGAUGAUUUUGACUACACCACCGUGGUACCGCAACAUUUCCCAUCGGAGGAGAGGACUCACACGCCUGAGGUAAAAUCGGAGGUAUCGGCCUUCGAUAUCAGGGAGAAGGAGGAGGAAUCCACGCUAAGAUCGUCUUCGAACAAGUGCCGCGCCGAUGACACGGUACGCUGUCACGACGGCAGUCGUUACAUUUGCUCGGUGCAGCAAUGUGACGGCAUCCCGGACUGCGAUGAUGCUGGUGACGAGGUCGAUUGCCCGCAUCCAGGCUGCAGCGUUGGAGAAUUUGCGUGCGACGUAAACAGAUGCAUACUGGAAUCUCAGCGGUGCAACUUUGUGGAGGAUUGCCAGGAUGGUAGCGACGAACACGACUGUCAUUAUCCAGCUUGUUCUUCGACCGAGUUCAUAUGCAGGAACGGGCAGUGCAUCGACAGUAACAAAUAUUGCGAUGGCGUGCAGCAUUGCCACGAUGGAUCCGAUGAACACAACUGCCCCUGCAAGGAAGACCAAUUCGAAUGCGCGCCUGGUUAUUGCGUGCCCUUAUCACGACGCUGUGACGGAUACACGGACUGUGUCGGUGGAAGGGACGAACAAAAUUGUUACAACAUGACACGAUGUCGAGCGGAUGAAUUCGAGUGCGCCAUCGGUUCGUGUGUCAGCAAAAAUGCAAGAUGCGAUGGACGUAACGAUUGUUUCGAUCAUUCUGACGAGUAUAAUUGCAACGUGACCACCUGUAGUGGAGAUCAAUUCCGUUGUCUGGACGGCAUCUGCUUAAGUAUCGACAAGCGUUGCAACGGAGUCGCCGAUUGCCGCAACGGCGAAGAUGAGAGCCAAUGUGGUUGCGGAGACGGCGAGUUCCGCUGCACGGAUGGCCGCUGCAUCAGCUACGUGUUGCAGUGCAACGGGGUGAACGAGUGCUCUGACGGCUCUGAUGAGAGGGACUGCGAGAAGCACCCGUGGCGAAAUUUCUAUAACGCCGGAAAGUUUGCAAUUGCACGGAAGUCGUCGGCCGCGAUUUCCUACGGUGGAAAACUCCUCGCGGAACGCCGAAGGAAUAUGAAUAUGCAACCCGUGGCGACGGAAAGCGCCUAUCGUCUCGCCAUCAAACCAGCCGUGACGAUCGGUAAUCCGAUCCUGGAAGCGUUUCCGGAAGAAGCUCAACGACGAAGAUUCCCAAACUCCAUGCAGCGGAAUUCCUCGGCAUACUUGAUAAAAAUUGCCUCCAAAUCGCAAGAUAACGACUCGCUCUCGCUAUGGCGUUACAUAGAGUUUGAUCGAUCUCGCAAGCCCGACGCGAAUUGCAGUAAUGUCCAAGUUUAUUACUCGACCGUUGACCACGUCUCUUCGCGAUCGAGCAACGAAUCUCAAAUUCCUAAACCUCUCAAACUGUCAGAUAAUCUCUUGAGGCAAAUAUUCCAACACAACAAUAUUUCGAUGAAAAAUGUUCAUUCACAAUCUGUCAAUAAUCGCGAUGGAACGCGGAAAAUGAUAGGUGGGAGCAAUCCUGAUCAACCGAGAAAGUCCAAUGCGUCCAAUUUGAACGCGAUGAUCAUAAAUUUUUUAUACGAUAUCAAAAGGGACAGACACGCUACGGAAAAGGAUAUUUCCAAAUUAGAAAAUUCGAACGUCAGAAGUACUUUCUCGAAAAAAGAAAUAGAAUAUCGAGAUAAAAUCGAGAGGGCGGAAACGAAAUUGAAAGAAGAUACGUCUAAUAGAAAUGAAACUCGUGUUGAUAACGCAAAAGUGAUGCCCCAUUCUAGAAACGUCACUUUGGAAGCUGUGAAAAAUGCGCGUGGCACGAGCGAGACUCUAGGGAGAAAAGCGCGCAGAAGGCACGGCUCCGCUUACCAAAAGUAUUACGAUAAAUAUUUGAUUAAGUUAAUGACUUCGUCUACGGUGAGAGCGUCGACAGAAUUGGCAGCGCGAACUUCAACAACAUUAAAAAAUACCUUUUUGAAAAAUAUCGAUGAGUACGAAGUGACCGAAGCUUGGAAGGCUGAAAAGAGGAAUAUGGCAGAAGCUGUAACGGAAUCUAUUCGUUCUGAUGUAUUAUUCAAUAAAACUUACAAGCCAUGGAAUUUACGAGAUAAUUACAUUGAAAGGAAGAACAAUUCAGACAGUAAAGAAAAUUUUUUUGGAUACGAGGUAAGAAAAGACAGUAGAGUUUCGAAUUAUUUUAAUAAAUAUUUGAAGAAUCGUUACACGCCAUCUAAAAGAAUAGCUCCCGUAACUGUGAACACGAAUAAAAUCGAAGAGUACCCUAUGACGAAUAUCAAGCACUAUCGAACGCAGAAAGCAGCAUUACCAAUUUCAAAAGGAACGUCCGCAACAGCAAAAACAAACCAGAAGGAUUAUUCCUCGAUAAAGACGGAAAAUUUGCUGUAUGAAUUUAAUUCGCCAGAGGUAGAAAUACGUCGAUAUUCAGCAAUCGACGCUGACGAUGUCAAUAUAAUAUCAAAUCUUCCGACUUUGGAUCACAACCUGACUGAGACAAAUCGAGGUAAUAAAAAGUGUAAUGAAACGCGCAAGCGGUCUAAUACUUAUUUUGAAAAAUUCUACGGAAACCAUGAAGAAAUUAUAACGCAAGACGAUGACAAGAUCGAUUCCGGAUUGAUAAAUUCCGAUGAGACGCCGAAAUUGAUAAAUGCGAUUGAACGUGCGUACGUGACGUCGAAGGAAUCGCAAGAAUCCAGGGAGACUCUCGAGGAAGAAUCACCAAAGGAUGACUUUGACAUCCUGAUAUUAAGCUCGACGACAACGCGGGCUCCCGAGAUCGUCACGUGGGAUGCGGGCGAAUCCAGAGAGAAAGCGUCUACUGAAAGGCACGGGAAACGCAGGCACAAAAGUCGUCAUAAUGGUCGUAAGAACAACAGAUCCAAGAAGAGAAAGAAGAAUCGCGAUGCGAAGCGUAAGAGAAAACCGACGUCGACCGUCGCUUCGAAAGUCGACGAGCCGACGAGUGUCGAUUAUGGUAACGCUUAUAGUUCAGAGCGGGCGAGGACUACGCUCUCUCACAAUGAUUCAGGCUACGACAAAGCUGACGACAAUUGGAAUACGAGCACUGGUAGAAACGACUGGUAUCUCUCUGAUGAAAUUACAACGGAACCUUUUAAGACGGAAUUCUCUCACGCUGAUGAAUCCGCCUCGGAACAUCCCGUGGAACACAGCAUUCGCAAUGGACUUCAGCCAGAAGAAACAACGAAUGCGGAUCUUGUCACCAGUAGCACUGUAUCUCAUUUAUCGACGACGACCCAUGAGAAAGUUUCCAAAAAAUGUAAAGUACUAAUUGCAACUACCACUGAGAGCGCCUGGUUCAACUGGUCGGCAGACGAUAAUAAAAAGACAAACGAAGAAUCUACGGACGACGAGUGUGAGGAUGUUACUUCAUUUCCGAUCGUAAGUGAAUCGGUAGAAGAAGAAACAAGCUAUUAUGAUACUUUUGUCAGCGAUAAUUCUUCCACAUACGACACUUUAUCCUGGAAAUUUUCCAGCGAGAAAGACAAGGAUAUAAGUAACGAAGAAAUAACCACAACUUAUAGUACGAUUAAGGAUAAAGAAAAUAACAAGAAGAGCGCGAUAAGUAAAUCGGUCGUAAAUGAAGAAAGCGAUGAAAGUAAUAAAGGGACACAGUUUUGGGAUCAGGAGAGCAUCACGCAUUUUGUAAUCGGAGGCACCACGCACGACGUGAAUUCGGAUCUUGGUAGUGAAGAAGAAGAAGAAGACGUAACAGAGAAGUCAAUCUCCGCCGAAGACAACGAAAUCGACAAUGACGCCGUGGCGAUGACGGAGGAUUACGAGAUCGACAAUUGCAAGAGGAAUCAGCACGCUUGCGACAAAUAUACGUGCAUCGAGGAGGACCAAGUCUGCGACGGUAUCGUAGACUGUCUUAAUGCCAGUGACGAAACCGAUUGCGAUUACAUAUACGUCAAAAGAUUGGAAGAGCAUUUCAGAGCUAUUAACAAAGAGAUUGAAUUCAUCUCGUCGAACACUGUGGGGGACGCGUCGCUCGACGGAUGCGAUCGUUACGAGCAUCCUUGCGACGGCACGUGCAUAAACGCGCUGAACGUCUGCGAUGGCAAGAGGAACUGCCUGGACGGUACUGACGAGGAGAAUUGCACCACCGAAGAAUGCCCCGACGGUCAACUACCCUGCGACAAUGGCGUCUGUAUCAAUAAGAACUUCUUCUGCGACCACAAUAUCGACUGCCAUGACGCUAGUGACGAACGAAAUUGCCCGGACAGCGGAGAGACCGGCGGCUCGGGUCAAGAAUGCCACCCCGACAGUUUCACCUGCAGCGACGGCAGCUGCAUACCUCGUGCCGCGGUGUGCGACGGACGUGCGGAUUGUCCGCACGACGAGGACGAGAUUAACUGCCGUCGAGGAUGCACGCGGGACCAGUUCCAGUGCGCUAAUGGAGAUUGCAUCCGCGCCGAUCAGAGGUGCAAUGGAUACAUCGAAUGCGCCGAUGGUUCCGAUGAACCGGAGGAAUGCGAACCACCAGAGCCAUCACCAUCGGGCCAAUGUACCACGGAUCAAUAUACGUGCAUUUCGGAUAGAAGGUGCGUCCCAUUGUCCUCCAUCUGUAACGGAAUUCCAGAAUGCCGAGAUGGAUCCGAUGAACAUAGCUGCGAUCGCAAAGCGGUAUGCUCGUACGAGGAAUGGAGGUGCAAGAGCGGCGAUUGUAUACUUCAACAUCAACGUUGCGAUCGCCGAAUCGAUUGUCCGUACGACGACAGCGAUGAGUUGGGCUGUCACCAUAGGGCGAUGCAAAGAAAUCACAGUAGGUGCAGUGCGCACGAAUGGAUGUGCAAUGACGGUCAUUGCAUCCCGCUGCAUCAGCGGUGCGACAAAAGGCUCGACUGUCCUAGAGACAUGUCCGAUGAGAUGGAUUGCAGUUAUGAUAAUUAUACCCAUGGAACAUCUGACCUUAGGCUGAAGACGUAUCCCAGUGAGCAAGUGAUUAAAGAAAACCCGGCGAAGCAAGGUCGCGAGGUCGUGUUCCAAUGCCGUGACGAAGGUCUUCUACGUGCCAGAGUACGUUGGAUUCGCGGCAACGGCCUUCCUCUGCCGCCCGGCAGCCGAGACAUCAAUGGUCGCCUGGAGAUACCCAACAUCCAACUUGAGCAUGCUGGAACCUACAUCUGCGAAGCCGUGGGUUAUCCACCGUCCACCCCGGGUCGUCAACUAAAUGUCAUUCUUAGCGUUGAGAAGUUUGAGCAGCCGUCCACUCGACCGCCACAAGUGUGCCACUACGAUCAGGCUACGUGCAGCAACGGCGAUUGUAUUCCCAAAUCGUACGUUUGCGAUGGUAAAUUCGACUGCACCGAUGGAUCCGACGAGAUGCGGUGCAGUCCGCACGGAUGCGAGCCCAACGAGUUCCGCUGCAAUAAUAAGCAAUGCGUCAGCAAGUUGUGGCGUUGCGACGGCGACAAGGACUGCGCGGACAACAGCGACGAAGAGAACUGCGCGCCGUCUCCCCCGGGAUCACCGUGUCGUUACAACGAGUUCGCCUGCAGCAGCAAUAAACAGUGCAUCCCGAAGAGCUACCACUGCGACAUGGAGCGCGACUGCUUGGACGGCAGCGACGAAGUUGGAUGCUCCCCCGUUUACAUCAUAAAACCUCCACCGCCGAUGGUCGUCCUCGUUCCGGGCGACGUGUUGGUCCUCACCUGUACAGCGAUCGGUGUUCCGAUACCGGAAAUCAACUGGCGUCUCAAUUGGGGACAUAUUCCCGCGAAGUGCACAACCGUGUCUACUAAUGGAACGGGUACGCUGACAUGUCCGGACAUACAGUUAGAGGACCAGGGCGCGUACUCGUGCGAGGCAUUGAACGUCGGAGGCUUCGUCUUUGCCGUGCCGGAUGCCAUCGUUGUCGUGAAGGAACACCCCAACGUUUGCCCGAGAGGCAAGUUCAAUUCCGAGGCGAAGAUUGCCGAGGAGUGUAUCUCGUGCUUCUGUUUCGGCGUCGCCACGGAAUGUCGCAGCGCCGAUCUCUUCACUUACCAGAUCCCGCCGCCGUUCGACCGUCACAAGAUCGUGUCAGUCGAGACCGCUCCGACGAUUAGGGUCUUCGGCGACGUUAGCAAUCAGAUAUCCGAAAUCCGCCCGCUUGGCCGGGACGGCGUUCAGCUGAUGGAGUCAUUCAGCAACGAACUGGACACGAAUGUCUAUAAUGUUCCCUACUUUGCGUUACCCGAGAACUAUCACGGCAGUCAAUUAAAGUCUUACGGUGGCUACCUGAGAUACACGAUCCAUCACAGUGGUAACGGCACGCCGAACAACGCACCCUCCGUCAUCCUUAGCGGCAACAAUUACAUCUUGAUGCAUAAAGGCGAACAGCCAACGUCGGAUUACGAGAAUGAGAGAUCCGUCAGAUUCUUCUAUGGCGAGUGGUACAAGCAACAAGGAAGAAGCGAGGUCCUGGCCUCCAGGGAGGAGAUCAUGAUGGCGCUGGCGAACGUGGACAACAUUCUUAUAAAAGUGAAGUACGACGACUCGCCACAACUGGUUGUUCGUCUCACCAACAUUGUUAUGGACACCGCCGACGUGCGUAACACCGGUCUAGGAUCCGCGUCUUUCGUCGAGGAAUGUCAAUGUCCUACUGGAUACACUGGUCUAUCUUGCGAGCAUUGCGCACCUGGUUAUCUGAGACGCGAAAGCGGACCAUGGCUUGGUCAAUGUUACAGGGAUGAACCACCGUGUCCUCCGGGAUACUACGGCGAUCCCUCAAGAAACAUUCCUUGCCAGACCUGUCCGUGCCCGCUUACCAACCCAUCGAACCAGUUCGCCCGCACGUGUCAUCUUGGUUCUGACGGUCAACCCACGUGUGAUUGUCCUCCUGGUUAUGUUGGACGCAGGUGUGAACAGUGUGACGUCGGUUACCAAGGGAAUCCUCUUAUUCCUGGAGAUAUGUGCGUCCCACUUCAGCAAUGUGAUCCGAACGGGAGUCUUAGUCCUAAUGCUGAUAACACUGGAAAGUGUCAUUGCAAGCAAUAUGCAACGGGUCUUACUUGCAACCAAUGUAAGGCGAAUACCUUUAAUCUGGCCUCGGCAAAUCAAUUUGGAUGCAUAGCUUGCUUCUGCAUGGGCAUCACCAACAGAUGCGUCUCAUCCAACUGGUAUAGGAACGAGGUUCGUGUGUCGUUCACCAACUCUAUUCGAGGCUUCUCUUUAAUCGAAUCCAAGAGCACUGAUACCCCAGACAUUGUAGAGGGAAUUCAUCUGAACACCAUCAGCCGGGAAAUAAUCUACAGCGACUUUCCCAAUCGCGGUAACAAUGAUGUCUAUUACUGGCAAUUACCCAGCAUAUUCCUCGGAGAUCAAAUAACAUCUUAUGGCGGCAAUCUUAAGUACACUGUCAGAUACGUACCUUCUCCGGGCGGUCAAAGUUCAAGGAACAACGCCGCGGACGUCGAACUUAUUAGCGCCAACGACAUCAACUUGCUUUACUAUUCUCGCGAGUCUCCCGAACCUAACUCUCAGCAAUCAUUUACCGUACCGUUGCUCGAGCAAUAUUGGCAACGUAAUGAUGGAACUCAAGCGGACAGGGAACAUCUAUUAAUGGCUUUAGCAGACGUACGAGCCAUCAGAAUCAAAGCUACUUACACGACGCAUACAGACGAAGCUGCGCUCUCCUUUGUGUCGCUGGACACUGCUGAAAAAUUCAACACAGGUAAAGCUCGCGCGGUCGAAGUUGAAGAAUGUACUUGCCCCGCCGGCUACAGAGGACUUUCAUGCGAGGAUUGCGACGUUGGUUACACCCGGGCUAUUGAAGGUCUUUACUUGGGUAUUUGCGAACCGUGCAACUGCAAUAAUCACUCAAAUCAGUGUGAUCCUGAAACUGGCACUUGUGAGAAUUGCGCUCAUCAUACCACCGGCGAAUACUGCGAGCUUUGCGAACCAGGAUACGAAGGAGAUCCUACUCGAGGCACACCGAACGAUUGUACAUAUAGGAGACCAAAACCCGAGCCAUGCAGAUGUAACGAAGCUGGUGCACGCAGCACUUCUUGCGUCGACGGCCGAUGCGAAUGCAAAAGAAAUGUCGAGGGUCCAGAAUGUAAUCGAUGCCGCCCGUCGACAUACGGAUUACGCGCCGAGAACAUUGAUGGAUGCGUCGAGUGUUAUUGCAGCGGGGUAACUGAUCAAUGUCACGAGAGCACAUUGUACGUACAGCAAAUACCGAUGUGGGUAUACGACUCACAUCACGGUUUCACUCUCACGGACUCGACUAGACGCGACAUAAUCGACGACGGCUUCGAGCUAAAUGUGGCUAUGAAUGAAAUCGGCUACCGCUAUCCGGACAGCAGAAGCCGCAGAUUGUUCUGGUCGCUGCCAAGCGUCUUCACUGGUAACAAAGUGAAGAGUUAUGGCGGAAACUUAACUCUGACACAGCAUAUCACUGCAUAUCCUGGCGCUCAGAGCUACAAGGAUCAAGAUAUUUUGCUAAUUGGCAAUGGCAUUACAUUGUUCUGGACGAAUCCGGUGGAGCUUCAACCCGAGAUUCCGCUGACCUACACUGUCCCAUUAAAAGAACAUGAAUGGAGACGACUGACUACCGAAGGACCGCGCAGCGCUUCUAGGACGGAUCUCAUGAUCGUGCUGUCCAAUUUGGAGGCUAUCUUGGUUCGCGCGUCCCACAGCGAACGAAUGACCGCAACGUACAUCAGCGACAUCAGCAUGGAUACGGCCGUGGAGAAUCUGAUUGAAAACCGACGAGCGACUCAGAUCGAAGCUUGUCGUUGCCCGACCGGUUAUACGGGUACCUCCUGCGAAACCUGCGCUCGCGGUUAUUAUAGAGACACGAGUGACCGGACCGUCAGUUAUCUGGGCGCGUGCAAUCUCUGCCCGUGCAACAAGAAUGAGGAGAGCUGCGAGAUCAGUAGAUCCGGUCACAUCAAGUGUCACUGUCUGUCGGGUUUCACGGGACAGUAUUGCCAAGACAGUGGUGAAGGUGAGCUCAUGGUAAGCUUAAUGCCCAUGAACGGCGAAGUUGCACCGUACUCUACGAUUCAAUUUACGUGCAACUAUGACUAUCCAGACACGUUUUACAUCUAUUUUAAAUUGUCGUCAUUCGACGGAUUUCCCAUAACUGCGCGGGGCGGCGAAAUCGGCCCGAUAAUGAAGACAGAUAAGGGAGCUAUCCGCACUUGGUUCGUCCACAUGGGACACACCCCUUGCAACGUGGAAUGUCACAUCGUGAAUUAUUACGGCAAAGAACUGGUCAAGAUCGUGACGACAAUUACGCCAGAACUAACAACUACUACACCUGGCCCGAUACCUCCACCCAGGAUCAUAAUUUACAUACAAGAACCGGAAUUCCAGAUCGUCCACACCGGAAAUACCGUUCGAUAUCAUUGCACAGGCAGAUCCAAAGAUAGCGAGUCGGUGCACAUUAGGUGGGAGAAAGAGGGUGAUCAAUUACCGCCUGGUAGAAGCUUGGAUGAUGCAAAUGGAUUGUUGGUCAUUAGGGAUGUGAAGGUUUCUGACAGCGGCGUAUACGUUUGCCAAGUGAGCGAUGGAAUCAACAUUGGAUAUAAGAAAGUUACGCUGACUGUUGGAGCGUUUCCAAAACACUUACUGGAAAUACCAGGAGCUAACCCGGUAGAGCCUAAAGUCGUUAUAAAUCCGCCAUAUCAGCAAGUAAAAGAAGGCGAACCAGUUGAGUUCCGCUGCGAAGCCACUGGUAAUCCACCACCCCAAUUGGAUUGGAUUCGAGUUCACGGAAGCAUGAGUCCAGAGGCGACGUUCUAUAACGGUGUAUGGAGUCUUCUAGCUGCAUCGAAGAACGACGCAGCCGAGUACAAAUGCAUAGCUAGAAACAAUGUUGGCACAGACGAGAAGACGACCAUCUUAUAUGUUCAAGACAAUCCUAAUAAGCCACCACCUCAAGGCUUGCCACCGACCAUAACUCCAUCCGAGUGGUCUGGAACUAGCGGAGACGUUGUCAGACUGAUUUGCACACCGUCUCAGUAUGCGAACGUAACCUGGACGAGGUCUGGCGGAUUGCCAUUGCCUUAUACCGCCAGUCAACGCGACGGUAUCUUGACGAUCACUAAUCCUACUCAUAGCGAUUCCGGCAUAUACGUGUGCACCGCGACGAAUAUUUACGGAACGGAGACGAGCACUACUGCCAAGAUUACGAUAGAGCCCCGCACAAACCCACCGACGGUCAAAGUCAAACCGGAACGGCAGGAGGUGUCACAGGGCACGGUGGCUGAGGUGCGUUGCAUUACCAGCGGAGAGCCGGGUGUACAGGUGAAGUGGAGCAAGUAUACGGAAACAAUGAGUUCGCGUGUCCAACAAGUAGGUGACACGCUCAGGAUCAUUAACGCCCAGGUCUCCGAUCGAGGAGUCUACAUUUGCCAUGUUACUAGCCCUUCGGGAAGUUACGAAGCCAGUGCUAUCAUCGAAGUUGAACGUCGCGAAGCUCCAGUUUUAGAGUUGUAUCCACAAGAUGUACAAACAGUCCUCCUCGGCGGCUCUGCCGAUCUCCAAUGUCGUGCGAAGGCUGGUUUCCCAGUACCCGAGUUGCACUGGUCUCGCCAAGACCAUCGACCAUUCCCUUCCAACGUUGAACAACUUUUUGGUGGACUUCUUAGACUGACGAAUAUCACGGCAAAUGACGGCGGUGCCUACAUCUGUUCCGCGUCAAACGAAGUCGGCUCGACGUCGGCCAUCGCACAUAUCGAGGUACAAUCUCUGCCUGUGAUCACUAUCACUCCGAAGCACGGUAUCUUGCAGGUGAAACGCGGAAGUAGAGUCCGUUUGAUGUGCAGCGCGAGCGGUCAUCCGCAACCCAACGUAGCUUGGAGCAGACACGUCAACGGAAUAACUAUACAUGAUACGUUCAGCAGAUCAGCAGCUACUCCCUUGAGCGCCGUUUACGAAAUAUUCUCUGUUUCACCCGACGAUGAAGGAUCCUAUACCUGCCAAGCUACGAACACCGUAGGAAUAGCCGAGGAGCGUAUUCAGAUUCGCAUUGAGGAUGACGACGAUUACGUGCCUUGCACUGGCGACAGAGGCGAUAUUCCGUGCGACGAUCGACAGCGACCACAACCUGAUGAUAGAGACCCGAACCAAACAGGAGGAGGAGUGUUGAUCCCCGAAGACUACUUGAGAAUCCCGAACGGCGGUAAAGUGGAGAUGCGUUGUCAGGUCUUUGGACCGGAUGGAAAUCACAUCUACCUGGAUUGGAAGAGAAGCGAUCAUCGUUCUCUCCCGGAAGGUAGCACAGUGCACAAUGGAGUGUUAAGUAUUCCGACCGUUGACAGAAAUGCGGCUGGAGAAUACAUAUGCUUGGGCUUGGACCCUGCUGGCACCGUACUUUUCCGGGCAAAAUCCCAUCUUGAAAUUAUAUCUCCACCAAGAAUUGAAUUAAAUCCCACGCGUCAGACAGUGGGACCUGGAGAAAAUCCAUCCAUAAUUUGCACCGCUACGGGAGACGAACCCCUUCAUAUCGAGUGGGAAGCUAUAGGACGUCCAUUACCGUAUUCUGUAUCACACAGCGGCGGCAUCCUGCAAUUCCAUGGCAUCACUUAUGCCGACGCUGGCAAAUAUGUGUGUAAAGCGACCAAUGCAGCAGGAACAGCAGAAGCGGUAGCAGAAGUUUUAGUUAAUGAACAUCCUUAUGACAAUGCAAGAAUCCGUGCUGAACAAGGAGACGUGGAAACUCAUGUUGGUAAUUCUGUACGCUUACGUUGCGAGACGCGCGAACGUGCCUUGAUCCAUUGGAGCCGAGAGGGGCAACCCUUACCGGCCAACGCGCGAAUCGGAGAAGAUUACUUAGAGCUGAUGCAAGUGAAACCAGAAGACAGCGGAAGAUACAUCUGUCAGAUCCAGAGCAGCCGCGGAGUAUCCAGCGAUUAUAUAAAUUUGAAUGUUUCUCUAGUUAAUUUGCUUGCGGAUUGCAUGCCAGUGUACCGAUCGCAGUGCAGGCACUGGGAGUAUCAAUGCAGAAGCCUACAAUGCAUUCCGAUGGAAUACUUUUGCGACGGCUAUGUUCAGUGCAACGACGGUACUGACGAACGCUUCUGCCGCAACGCGCGCUAUCGCCAAUAUCUUCAGCGACGACGCGCUGCUGCGGUGCCUUCAGUGAGCAUCGAGGUGUCUCAAGAUCCAAUAAACAUCGGCGAUACAGUUGAUAUACAUUGCACAUAUACUGGGACGCGCAGUCCACGUUAUCGUUGGACGAGACCGAGUCACUUAAGCCUGCCACCAAAUGCGCAAGAGUACGGCAACAUCUUGAGACUAACUAAUGUAGCUGUUAGCGAUAGCGGACCCUACAGGUGCAUGGUGGACACGUCCGAAGGUAUACUUGAAAAGGACUUCAAUCUGAUUGUUCACGGCGGAAUUCUCGAUGAACCAGCGCUUGAGACCAAAUUUGCGCCAUACGGAUCAAGUCUGGAAAUGGAUUGCCGUCUAGAUCUUGAGCCACCAAUACAAUUCCAGUGGAACAAACUUGGUGGACUUCUGCCACGUGACAGCCAGACUUAUGAGAACAAAUUAAAACUGACUAAUGUAAAGGCUGAAGACGCUGGAACAUAUAUUUGCGUUGGAAAUAAUGGAGAAACGCGAGUCGAAGUGCCUACGGUACUGGUUGUAACAGGAGUCGUGCCUAAUUUUAGUCAGGCGCCCGAAAGCUAUAUUGCUUUCCCGCCUCUACCCGAUUCUUAUCUUAAAUUUAACAUCGAAAUCUCUUUCAAACCGGAAAGUUAUGAUGGCAUUCUGUUAUACAACGAUGAAUCUGGUCACGACAAUGGCGACUUCAUCGUUCUAUCUCUAAAUAAUGGAUACCCGCAAUUCAAAUUUAAUCUCGGUUCUGGACCAGCCGUUAUUCGCGCGGAUAAACCUGUUACUUUGAGCGAGUGGCAUACCAUCAAAGUCCAACGCAAUCGAAGAGAGGGAACGAUGCUGGUGGACGGCGAGGGCCCUUACAAGAUGGUCGCUUUGGGCAGACGCCAAGGUUUAGAUCUCAAAGAGCCCCUUUACAUUGGCGGAGUGCCCAGCUACAGUAGAAUCAACAAGCAGGCUGAGGCGAGCACAGGUUUCGUUGGGUGCAUCAGCCGACUAGUCCUUGGGGAGAAGCAGGUCGAUCUGAUGGGCGAUCAGACUGAGAGUGUGGGUAUCACGACUUGCGAGACUUGCGCCGAGAAUCCCUGCAACAAUGGUGGUGUGUGUCAGGAAGCGGCUACAAAGAACGGCUACACGUGCCUGUGCCGAGCUGGUUUCAGCGGCAAACAUUGCGACAACGUCGGACAAUCCUGUUAUUCAGGUGCAUGCGGGGAAGGUAAAUGCGUCGACAAAGAGAUUGGUUUCGAUUGUUACUGCCCGAUCGGGAAGACAGGCUCAAGAUGCGAGCAUUCGGUAGAUAUCUACGACCCAGCUUUCCAUGACGAUAGAGCUUUCAUCGCUCACGAGACUCCGAAAGCUCUUAGAUGGCUUACCUUAGCCAUGAGUUUUAAUCCUGUGGACACCGGGGACGGGAUCUUGAUGUACUGUUCUCAAAGUGACGAAGGCCUUGGAGAUUUUGCAGCGCUCGUAUUAAAGGAUAGACACGUUGAGUUUCGCUUCGACAUCGGUUCCGGUCUUACGACAAUAAGAUCACCUCACGCAGUCCAACCUGGUGUAUGGACGUACGUGACGGUGAAUCGAGAUUUCAAGGAUGCAAAACUAUCGGUGAACGGCGAGCCGUUUGUGGAGGGUAAAUCGCGCGGAGCUGCCAGAACUAUGAACCUAAACACGCCUCUUUACAUCGGAGGAGUAGAUCGUAGACGAAUCACGAUCAAUCGGAACGUCAGCGUCGAUCGUGGUUUCCAUGGAUGCAUAAGCCAACUCGAAGUUUUGUCGAUCAGUUUGGACAUAGUCAAGUCAUCGAUCGACGCGGCCAAUAUCGAGGACUGUUCGGAGCCUCAUCCGAAUCAGACGAUGAUCCGUACGACUAUCACUCCAGCGUCUACGCAGCCACCAACAACGUUAUACGAUCCUUGCGCAAUAAACCCCUGCAUCCAUGGCCAGUGUCAAAAUCUAAACAAUGAUUAUUCAUGUAUAUGCGAAUACGGAUACGCGGGCAGAAAUUGCGAGAAGAUGCAAAAGCAAUGCGAAUUUCUUACUCCGUGUAGAAACGGCGGUUCCUGCACGGAUCUUCACGAGUCCUACAAAUGCGAUUGUCGUCUCGGUUACAACGGACAGAAUUGUGAAAAACUGGCAGAGAUCACGUACGACGUUGCCUUUAGAGGAGACGGUUGGCUGGAACUAGACAGAUCUGUCAUGAUGCACGAAGAAGAGCGUGAGGUUUUAGGCCUCGAGAUCAGCACUAAUAAGAGUUACGGAUUGAUCAUGUGGCACGGUCAAACGCAGAAUGAUCUAAAUCCUGAUGAUUACAUCGCUGUUGCUGUAGUAGAUGGGUUCGUGGAGUAUCAGUACAACUUGGGCUCCGGUCCAGCCGUGAUUCGCGUCACCGCCCAGCGCGUCGAUGAUGGAGAACGGCACAGAAUAAUCUUGAAACGUCAAGGAAGCGAUGGCAGCAUUGAACUGAACGGCGAGCACACCGAGAGCGGGGUCAGCGAUGGACUUCAGCAAAUCUUAAAUGCAAGGGGUAACGUUUACUUGGGCGGCUUACCAGACUACGCGAUGACUUACGGCAAAUACAACGCCGGAUUCUCCGGUUGCAUUUACACACUGGAGGUGCAGGACUCAGGAGCUAUUGAUAUCGGUGAGAAGGCCAUUAGGGGUGUAAACGUCUCGCCAUGCACCAGAGUAAGAUGGAUACCAUCUUCAUUGGUAUUUACGGAUGCGGAUGCAGACGGAUUCGAUGCGUUUGUACCGCCACCACCGGUGAACAUUAUUCAUCCGAAACCCGCGUCCAAUCUAGCCGCGUAUGACAUGACAAGCUAUUCAUUAUUAAUUAUACUUCAAAAUCUUAUUGCUUUAACUAGGGAUAUUAAGGAACAAAGUGUACUUUUCACGCUAUUAUGCGUAGACGCAGUUAACGUUCUGAAUGGCUUGUUAAGCUAA